AAAACUUCCACUUAUCAACAAAGACCCAGGACAAUCACCAUGGCAGAAACUCACCACUUCGACGUCAACCGCCUCUUCACAGUCAAAGACUAUGUCUGCGUCGUGACUGGCGGCGGCACAGGCAUAGGCCUCAUGGCCUCUCAAGCCCUCGCCGCCAACGGCGCAAAAGUGUACAUCACUGGCCGCCGCGUCGAAGCUCUCGAAAAUGCCGCGAAAGCCCACAGCCCCGAGCAAGACCGCACCGGCGGGCAAAUCAUCCCAAUUGGCCCCUGCGAUGUGACCAAGAAAGAAGACCUCCAGAAACUCGUCUCCGACAUCAAAUCUAAAGAAUCCCACAUCAACCUCCUCGUCUGCAAUGCUGGCGUCUCAGGCCCCAAGGCUCCACCCGAGCACUCUGACGCCGACGACUUGAGCGCGAAACUAUGGAAUGAGGAGUCUGUCGAGGAUUGGCAGAAGACAUAUGAGACGGAUGUGACGUCGGUCUACUUCACUGCUGUGGCUUUCCUGCCAUUGUUGCAGGCUGCCACGAAAGCCAAAGGCGGGCCUUACGAGGAUUUUAGCGCGAGUGUCAUCAUUAUCUCGUCCAUGUCAGGAUUGAUGAGGGACUCGCAAGGGCAUUUUUCGUACAAUGCUGCCAAGGGAGCGACGGUGCAGUUGAGUAAGUUGAUGAGUGCGGAGUUCCAGAAGGCGAAGAUUCGAGUGAACAGCAUUGCGCCAGGAUACUUUCCCUCGGAAAUGGCGGGCACGAAAUCCGAUGAUCGUCAGAAGAGUGAUUUUCCGCAAGAGAAGAUCGACAAGACGGGCCAUGUGCCCAUGAUGCGAGCCGGACGUGACGAGGAGAUCGGAAUGGGUGUGCUCUUCUUCGCACGCAAUCACUACGUUAACGGAGAAAUCCUGGCGAUUGAUGGUGGUGUGCUGAAUGUGGUUCCAGGCCGGUAAAGAGACGGGCGACAUUGAAUUUGGCGGUGUGAGGGAAAGUCAGCAGAACUACAUUUUCGGAAAAUGGACGAAGCGAUGAUUACAGCUUUAUGACACAGAGAUGCGGUUCAGCGGAGAAGGUCGACGACACGAAUCCUGCUGACGAUUUGGAAAAGCAUGAAUGAUGCUCGACAAGCGUUGGGGCCCAAUGGUGUCAAGAGACUCAGCUACAGACCUCCGAUAAAAUCAAUUGAGGGAUACUUUCAAUGCUACAGUGGACCGCACUGCUGAUCGUGUAUCGACACAUUGACCACUCGGCAGGCGGAUACAUGCC